AGUCGGUUUUUGCUUUCCGAAAUAAAUAAAUAAAUAAAGAAACCAAACCAUGGAGAAUCUAAGACUGUUGGUGAUGGACACCUACAGCACCUUACUCGACCGGGAACUUUGCAUCAACGAAUGGGCCCAGGAGCGAUUAAGUUUUGCGGAGCCCUUGUGGCGAUUUAUGAGCAUUUAUCUGGAGCCCAGUAUUCUUUUUAAUCUCCUAAUACCUCUAUCCGGCAUCUAUAGUCAGGAGCUACUCACGCACUUGCUCUCGGCGGUUACUCUGGUCAGCACUUUGAACUCCUUUGAGAAGUGGAUCUAUCCAGAAAUGCGUCCUUUGUGGUGGCUCAGAGAGCAAUACGCCAAAGGUCAAGUGCUUAACAAGCCGCAGGUUGCUCUGGAAAGCAAUAAUCUGAGUUGUGAAACCAGCGGCGGGCUUCCCUGUGGCCACUCAAUGACCUUCACCGUAUUUGUUCUGAUCCUGGCAUCCUUUUUCUUCGUUCACUGCUGGCAAAGAUAUGUGUACUGGCGUUCCUCCAUUUGGCGUUUUUUUCUAUAUCCUUUGAUUGUCAGUGUGGUGGUCUGCAUGUGGCUAAGCCGUCUCUUCCUGGCCACCGAGUUCCUACACCAGUGCGUUCUGGGCAGUUACUUUGGCAUCAGAGCUUUAAAUUGCUUUGAGGGAAACAUAAAGUACCUAUAUUCCACACGACGACGAAGUGCUGUGAUGGUGGUUAUCAUUUUAGGAGGAAUCGCUAUAGGAGUUUAUUUUCUUAAGCUGCAUCUUAGCAUCGAUCCACAUUGGUCUGUGAGAGAGGCUUUCAAAUGGUGUCCCGAAGCCACCUUCAUGCGCCAUGAGGCUAGUCCCAUAUUUAUACUGACCCGAGAUUUGGGAAACCUAAUGGGAAUGGCUUUGGCAUCCCCCCUAUCAAAGCAAAGAAGCAAGGAGUCGACAUUUUUGCGAAGGUGCAGUGUCUUGGGAGCUUUGGAGUUGAUUAAUUAUGGCUUGAGGCAAGCUACUCCCAAACAAAACGGCCGAUUUGCUUUCCUAGCCUAUGAAUUUUCUAGAAAUGCUUUUCACUCCCUGACAUUGUUAAAAUAUUUAACAAAUUUGUACUAGAUUUA